GGGCAGCCUGGGGUCCCGCAGCAGCCACUGCCCUGCCUAACCCCUCCCACACCCCGUCAUGUUGGUUGGUACCCCCCACCUGCUGACACUGGAUGAAGCUGAUGCCACCUGGACUCUCAUCAAAGAUAAGGUUAUCGAGGAGCGCUUUGGGCCCAAUGUAGUGGCAGUACCUUUUCUGUCUGAUGCAGCCUGCUAUGAUCUACUGGGUGUUCUAGUGAAACAGUCCCGCCCAGCCCACAGCCGCCUGGCUCUGCCAGGUCGGCAGGGCCGGCGGGCACUACAACCAGUGGGGCUGCUACCAAACCUCUUGGAACAGGCAGGCUCUGAGGGUGCCUUCGCCCACUGCACUCGAGAAUACUCACCAAACAGCCGAGCAGAGAUAACCUAUGAAGAAAUGCGACUGCUGGAUGGGCAGCCCUGCCGGAUCCGCUUACACAUGGGGGGUCUACGCAAGAAGAUGGCCUUCCUGCUGCUGCCACCAGGGCAGGUGAGCCUACAGCAGUCUCUUCCCUGGCUCCGAAGCACCCACAGCAUCUACAUCAUCUACCAGGUCUUCUCCUGCUCCUGGCUACAGCUGGGGCUGUUGCCAACAGCCCGUGAGCCCCAGCUGCUCCGGUUACAACGAUCACUGCCUAUUGCCUUCUCCUGCCUCAAGUUUUCACUGCAACCCAAGGGAGUGCUGGGACCACAGAAGCCCCUGAUCAAAGACCCACUGCCCCAAGGGGCCAGCUGGGCCAGACCCAACCUCAGCAUCAUGCCACCAUCGGCCCCUGCAUCAGCCUCUGAUGACAUCCCCGAAGCUGCUGAUGUGCCCCCACCUGUCCCAGCCCCACCUACGCCACCUCCCCAAGAAGGGCCAGAGGGCAGACCAACCAGAUUCUCCUACAAGGGUCGAAACCCCUUCCGAAGGGGCCCCCAGAUGCUGUCAGAGAACUGGCUCUUCAGCCCCCGCAGCCCCCCACCAGGAGCCCAGGGUGGGGGCCCCGGGGACCCCGACCGGCACUCCAUGUCCCUGCCCCUGCUGCAGGGUCUAUCCUCGGAGUUCGACAGCGACGAAUGA